CUUUCGAUCUGGGAAUCUGAAGCCAUUGCUUCCUGGACAGGAUUGUCGUUAAAAUAAACUACAAUGAGAGUAACUAGCAUAUUCCUUCUCUUUGCUGUGGGGAUUUUCUAUUCCUCAGGCAAUGCAGAAACUGAUGUCAGUGAUGGAAAAGAGCCGGCUUGUGAGCUUUACCAUGCACCAGCAUGCCCCAGAAAUCUUGAUCCUGUCUGUGGCACUGAUGGAGUAACCUAUGCCAAUGAGUGUCUUCUAUGUAAUGAGAAACGGAAGAGGAAUUUGCACCUCAACAUUAAGAAGUUUGGAAGCUGCUAAGAUGGUUGAAGUUGCAUCACUUCUGCUGAAGAACUUGAUUUCCUUAGUGCUCCUGAGGAAGAUGGACAGAUUAACUAUCAGUUAGAUUUUACCUUUAAUAAAAAUGAAAGCAUU